GCGGUAAUGCGCUGUUGCUGUUCAAUCUGACAGACAACACUAGAAGAAGCUGCAUGAACACUGUAAACAGCAGAUAUGUGUCUGUGGAGCUCCAUCCGACACCCCAGUAGCUCAAACUCAUCUUUAGUCGUUUUGUUUUCCAAACUAGAACAAUGGACUUCUUGGAGGAAAGCAAACCUAUAGACCUGAUGGAAGUGAAAGAAGAACAUGAAGAAAUGACUGAAGUGCAUGAGAUGCAUCAGUAUCAGGAACAUACAACAACUUGCAAAAUAGGAACCAUCAAUUCGUUCUUCUGUCCUCAGUGUGGAAAGAGGUUCACACAGAAAGCUCACCUAAAAGAUCACAUACGCAUUCACAUCGGAUCGAGGCCUUUCAGGUGCGUUCACUGUGGAAAGGAUUUUACACAAAAAACAAACCUCAAGGAGCACAUGAGAAUUCACACCGGAGAGAAACCCUUCGUGUGCCAGCAAUGUGGAAAAAGCUUCACGCAGAAAGGCCAGCUUAAGAAUCACAUCCGAAUUCACACCGGAGAGAAGCCGUACGCGUGCCAACAGUGUGGACGGAGUUUCACGCAAAAAGGCCAGCUGAAAAACCACAUCAGAACGCACUCUGGUGAACGGCCUUUCAUUUGCCUACAGUGUGGAAAGAGUUUUUUGCACAAAGGGACCCUUAAGGAUCACAUACGAAUCCACACCGGCGAGCGGUUGUUCAAGUGUCCUCAGUGCGGGAAGAGUUUCACACGUAGAGACAUUCUGAAAAACCACCUGCGGAUUCAUUCCGGAGAAAAGCCUUUCAUAUGCCUUCAGUGCGGGAAGAGUUUCACGAAAGCGGCGUAUCUUAGAAUGCAUCAGAACUCUCAUUCUGAAGAACGACCGUUUGACUGCCAACAGUGUGGGAAAAAAUUCAUUUCUGCAUUACAGCUAAAAAGGCACUUAAAAAUUCACGCUGAUGAAAAGUUGUACCCGUGUUCGUUCUGCGGAAAGUCUUUUUCCAUGCUGGAAUAUUUGAAGAAGCACGAAAAAAUACACACCGGUGUGAAAGCUCACGUGUGCUCCGAGUGUGGAAAUAUGUUUUCUACCAUAACCUUCUUGAAAGAGCACCAGAGAACUCAUACUGGAGAGAAACCGUACGCGUGUACUCAUUGCGGGAGGUGUUUUACUCAUUCGAGUACUUUGAAGAGACAUGAGAGAAUGCAUACUGGAGAGAAACCGUAUCACUGUGGUUUAUGUAUGAGGAGUUUCACUGCGUCAAGUACUCUACUCAGACAUAGAAACAAAUGCUGCCAACAGCUGCUGUCACAGUGAGCAAAAAGCAAUCACGCCCCAUUCACACGGGGCAUCAGCAUUACCGCUUCUCAUUUACUUUGAAUGGAGUGACGUCAAGCGUUGCCGAACUUAAUUAUGGGUCCAUUGCGUCUUGUCACUGGCGUUGCUCGCGACAGAUAUUAAAGGAGAGGUCCUGUUCCAGAACAACAAUUCACUAAUAAUUUACUCGCCCCCUUGUCAUCCAAG